GACCACCACCACGACCACCAAGAUCCUCUACUGGCCCUCCCCAGUGCUCUUACCCCGGCAUUCGCAGGCUACAACUACGACCCACCAGCUCAGCCUUCGGGACUCUACGAACUACCCGUAGGUCCAUCUGAUAUCGUAGAGGUGACGCCACCUCCUACCACUACCACCACCACCACAACAACUACCACCACUACCCCACCGCCACCGCCCCCGGGACUCUACCUUCCGCCCGUCGACAAGGUGCCCGCAGCAGCUAACGAGAUCAUCAAUGUUAUUGAGCCUUCGGGGUCCACCACCAUGAUGCCGAUGCCGUACAACAUCAACUGGGGCGUCUCCGACCCCGAGAGUGGCAACAUCUUCAACCACAUCGAGGACAGCGACGGCACGGAGGUGACGGGAGAGUACUCCGUCCUUCUGCCGGACAGUCGCAUGCAGAUUGUCCGGUUCCGGGUGGAUCCCGUCAACGGAUACCAAGCCGAGGUCACCUACGAGCCGGCCAAGUGACGAGGGCAGCUGACGUAGCCGGAUCCGGUGUUCCACGGCAGGACCCGACCUACGACCGACCUAAAUAGCUAGAGCAGGAUAUUUUUGCUCGUUUUCUUUAUAUCGUUACUUCCUAUACUCAUAAACAGGAAUGGAAAUACGUUGCUAUUCAGGAACUCCGAGACUUUCACUUUAUAAUACGUAUACAAAAACAAACCAAAAACAUACAGAUAACUGAGAGGAUUCAAUUGAUUAGCUCUUUCAACAACCACUGACGUCACUGUAUCCACCAUCUACAACCUAAUGACGUCAUUUGACCUCCAGCCAAUGACGUCUCACAACACAUCCAAGCAACUGGCCAAUGAGAGUCGUCGACAGGAACCAACAUGACUCACUUCGUCUCCCACAUGGAUGGCUUGGAAGCAGCAGAAAUAUUUUAAAUUCAUGUUUUCUUUCAAGAUCUUCCUAAUCCCGCCCUCAAGUCCUGUAAGAACCGCCUCCGAAUUUUCAAUAACAAAAUAAAUAUAUUCCCCCUCGGAUUCAAGCCCUUACAAUUAAGCUUAUGUACAAAAUAAAAUUAAAAAAGUUUUACGUC